AUGAUCGACGACCUUCGCACCAACUUCCGCGUCGUUACGAUGCCAAUCACACUCGUGUGUGCGGGGAACCGCCGCAAAGAACAGAACGUCGUACAGCAGUCGCUGGGGUUUUCGUGGGGUGCGGCAGGACUGUCAACUGCGCUAUUCACUGGCGUAUAUCUGGCUGAUGUGCUCCGCUAUGUGCACCCUGUUCGAGGGGCCAAACAUGUUAUCUUUGAAGGUGUGGAUGAUCUUCCAAAUGGACCUUAUGGGACGAGCCAGCUCCUUUCAUGGGCGUCUGACGUACGACAAGGGAUGAUGAUUGCAUGGGCGAUGAACGGGCUUGCCCUAGAGCCAGAUCAUGGUUAUCCGCUUCGCCUCGUAGUACCCGGUCAAAUUGGGGGGAGGUCCGUGAAAUGGUUGAGCCGAAUCGAGCUCUCUGCAACGGAGAGCCAGCAUCAUCUCCAUUUCCACGAUAACAAGGUUCUUCCUAUGCCAUUGGGUCCGGACCAGGCACGGAAGGAGAAAGACUGGUGGUACGAUUCAAGAUAUAUUAUUCGAGACUUGAACGUCAACAGUGCAAUAGCCCGGCCUAACCACGACGAAGUUCUCGAUAUCACCGUCGCUUCUCAUCCCACAUACACUGUCAAGGGUUACGCCUACGCGGGAGGCGGACGUCGCGUCACAAGAGUCGAACUCUCUUUGGAUAACGGAUCUUCCUGGGAGCUCGCUCUCAUACAGUAUCCCGAAGACGCUUAUCGCAACGUUAGUUUUACAGCAGACCCGAUUUAUGGCGACUUCGAUAUGAUGGACAGCGAUACAUGCUUCUGUUGGUGCUUUUGGUCAUUUGAGGUUUCGGUGGAGAGGUUCCUAACAAGCGAUGCGAUGAUGGUGCGUGCAAUGGACGAGUCUUUAGCGCUGCAGCCUCGAGAUAUGUACUGGAAUGCGACUGUGGCUGGUGCGCAACCUGGAGGGUGGAUACAACGACUCAAGGAUGCUGGACUCGACCCUACCAAGCCUGAUUUCUCAUCCCCUUCAAAUUCUUCCUCCUCCCCAGACGCCGUCAAAAUAAAUCCCCCUGAUCAAAUACGUAUGACCAACCCAUCUACAACUCGUAAAAUUAGCCAGUCAGAACUCGAGUCCGAUGAAGCCAAGCGGGAAGCUUGGUUUGUAGUUCGCGGAGAGGUGUAUAUUGGAAGCAAGUUCUUCAAAGAUCACCCAGGCGGCGCACCAUCCAUUGAACUCGUUGCGGGAGAAGAUGCCACAGAAGAUUUCAUGGCUAUUCAUAGCUCAGAUGCACAAAGGCAACUCGCCGAUUUCCACAUUGGGACCAUGAUUGAGACAUCCCUUGAAUCGGGCCCCUCUUCGAUGCCAUCUCAAAACUUUUAUAUCAACGAAAAUGAUGAUGCUACAAAGCCCUUCCUUCAGACAAAGAAAUGGAAAAGCGUCAAGCUUGUAGAGAUACGCCCUGUCUCAAGAAAUACCAAGAUCUUCCGAUUUGCACUCAGAGACGAGAAUCAGGAACUUGGUCUCGCAUUUGGUCAACAUCUCUAUGUGAGAUUACGCAGGAAAGUUGCUAAACCUCCCGAUGGGCAAGAAAUCUUUGGUGAGAUGGUGCAAAGGGCAUAUACACCUCUGUUUGAGCGAAAUGAUAGAGGGUAUGUUGACCUGCUUGUCAAGAUAUACCACCCCACUCCAGAAUUUCCGGAAGGGGGGCGUAUUACCCUCGGCUUCAACGAGCUUACUGUUGGAGACAGCAUUGAGCUGAAGGGUCCCAUCGGCAAUUUUAUUUGGAAAGGCCGUGGUCGGGCUUUCUUCAACAAUGAAGAUAUUCGUAUAGCAGAAAUUGGGCUCGUCUGUGCCGGCAGUGGAGUAACACCCAUCCUUCAGAUCAUGCGAGCGAUUUUAAACGACCCUCAACGUUCCAAGGACGACAAGAAUUCGUUGACCAAAGUCUGGGUUUUGGACGUUAAUCGCGACUUUGAAGAUAUUCUGUGUAAGAAAGAGAUUGACCGUCUGGUGAGAGAAAAUCCAGGGAUAGCACAUGUUCAUUACAGCUUGACGGGAAAGGAGGUACCUGAUGGAUGGGAACACUCGAUAGGGAGGAUCACUGCUGAUAUGCUGGUGAAACACCUUCCUCGACCCGGCCAGGAUAAGGUGGUCUGUUUAUGUGGACCCCAUAGUAUGGAACAGACUGUGAAAGAAUCGACAUGA